AACCGUUAUUUUUAUUGUUCCUUGGAACGAUCCCCGGAAUUUGUCCCUCAUUGCACACCUUCCACUCUCAUCCUAAAAGGCACUACCUUGCAUGCUCUCUCUGGCUCGACUUCCGUCUGUUUCUCAGUAAAUUUCCGUCACCAUGGUGCGGUACGCUUCGUCGAUCCUCCUGGCCUCGUUGGCCGCCACUUCCGUCUGGGCUGCUGCGCCCACAUGCACUACCAGCUCCCAGUGCCCCGAAGAGUACCCUUGCUGCUCUCAAUACGGCCAAUGCGGUACAGGUGCUUACUGCCUGGGUGGGUGCGACCCUCUCUUGUCUUACUCUCUUGACUCUUGCGUCGCCGAGCCGGUCUGCGAAAGCCGAACCUACAAGUGGGACAGCCUCGACAACGCAGCGCUGAACACCAAGUACCUCGGAAAUGCCUCUGAAUACGACUGGGUUUACAGCGGCUACCCCAAGCUGGAAGACGGUAACCUCCUCAUCACCAUGCCCAAUAACACCGUGGGCACUCUCUUUGCCAACAACCACUACAUCUGGUACGGCAAGAUCUCCGGAAAGGUUAAGAGCAGCCGUGGCGCGGGUGUGGUUACGGCCUUCAUCCUGAUGUCGGACGUGAAGGACGAGAUCGACUUUGAGUUUGUUGGCUCGGAUCUGGCAAACGUGCAGACCAACUAUUACUGGCAGGGUGUCUUGAACUACGACAACGGUGCCAAGGACGGAGUCAAUGGCAGCGACACCUUCGAUGAUUGGCACGACUACGAGAUCGACUGGACCGAAGACGCUAUCACCUGGUCGGUGGACGGCACAGUGAAGCGCACCCUGACCAAGGAAUCGACCUGGAACGCAACGGCAAACCGCUACCAGUACCCUCAGACCCCGUCAAGAAUGCAGCUGUCACUCUGGCCGGCCGGUCAAGCCAGCAACGCCCCCGGAACUAUUGCGUGGGCUGGUGGUCAGAUCAACUGGGACAGCCAGGACAUCCAGGACAAGGGCUACUACUAUGCGACAUUUGGCGAGAUCACUGUCGAAUGCUACGGUGCCCCGAACAGCACGGUCUCGACUGGUGACCAGUCGUACGUGUUCACCUCCUCCGAUGGGCUUGAGCAGGGCGUUCAGAUCACCAACAACAACACCGUUCUUGCAUCGUUUGGCGCUACUGGUCUAGAUAUGGACCUUGGUGCCGGCGAUUCCUCCAACAGCACGGGGUCCAACAGCACUGUCCCCCAGAACACGGGAGGAGGGUCUGGAAAUGAGCCGGGAUCCAACGGUACUAGCACCGGCAGCGGCAGCAGCAGCACGAGCACUUCGACCGGGUUCAGUCAAGGCGGCGACAGCGACAGCAAGUCGAGUGCGGCCUCGUCCCGGAGCGAGCGUGUCAUGAACGGCUCGUUCUUUGCUGCCCUGGUUGCAGUUGUUGCUUCGGUCACUCUGUAAAGAGAUCCGACACCUCCAUCUUCCCUUCUUGGAUAUUUUUACCAUAUAGCUUGAUUCUCGGCACGACACCGUUCGUUUAUGACUUGGCGUAU